GCGGCCGGGCUCCAAAUGAUAGCGGUGACGUCACUUCUACCAUCUCCGCUAGUGACGAGCGAACGAGUCCUCUCGGCAGCGCUGCGUAACAGGCUCGGUGAUUGGAGGACGUGUACGUGGGCGGGACACAGGGACAAGGAGGAAGUGCUGCUGUCACUACUUGGAUCUAGCCUCUACCGUUGUUCGUACGGUACAGCUUCCUAUCUGUGUGCAGCGUACAGGACGGGACGGGGUCCUAGAGCCGCUGAGUGGGACAGUGUUGCUGGAGCGCUCGCCACGCUUCGGGUGAAGAUGUCAGUAGCAGCAUAUGGUCUCAUCUGUUGUAGAAAGAUAAGUACCUCUGUCACUCCUUCAAGACAUGAACGCAACUGGAAAGAUAUCAGAAAUAUUGCCAGGAUUACUGGAUCUUUAUUUUUAGGAGGUUGCUUGUUUAUCACCUAUGAGAUCCAAUCUCUGAGAAGAGCUAUUACGCUGGACACUCAGGCAGCACAGCAGGAGAAGCUCCAGUCAUAUAUUUACUUGCAAAAUGUUUCAUUAGAUCAAAACAACUUCCAAGGUAUCGCAAACAAGGUGAGAAAAGAGCUUCAUAAAACAGCCAGGAAAGCUCUGGAAGCUUCUGCACAGCUCUUCAGAGGAGAGCAUGAUAGUGAACAAUGCUACAAAGUAAAUAUGGAGGAUCAUGAGCUUCCCAUUUGGCUUCUCUUGAAAGACACACAGUCAGCAGAUAAAACCGUUCGUUUGGAAGCUGUCCAAAAAAUGGCUGGGAUCCACUACUUGCGUGAUUACCAAUAUAGAACAGUGGCACAAGCAAAUGAUAGAAGAACAACAAUUGGCUUAGCAAGGAGCAAAGAUGUAGACCUUCGAUUUUUCCUUCCACCUCCAGCAUUGCCAAAAGAAAAUGAUAAUUACUCCAUAGAAGAGGAAAUACGCCAGUUGCUGUCUUCCUUACCUCAGUCUGAACUUGACCAGUGCAUAAAGUACUUUACAUCACUAGCAUUGAGAGAGACCAGUCAGUCCUUAGCAGUCCAACGGAGAGGAUUGUGGAGUUUUGGUGGCAAUGGAUUGCCGUAUGCCGAAAGUCUCAGCUCAAUCCCUUCAGAGAAACAAGAAGUGUUCAGCUUACAGGCGUUAUUGAAGCAUUCCAAGAUAUCUACUCAUGUUGACAAAAUUGUGACAAACAGAGGAUUACAGCUGCUUCAGAAAAUAUAUUUACUCCGCAAGGAUUCUCAGAAAAUACAAAGGAGCAUAAUACGUAUAAUAGGAAACCUGGCCUUAUAUGAACAUCUGCACUCAAACAUCGUGGACUCAGGUUGGGUUUCUAUACUGGCUGAAGCAUUGAAGUCCCCUUAUGUGAUUCAGUCCUCACACGCUGCACGAGCUUUGGUUAAUUUGGACCGUGAAACAGUUACUGAAAAGUACCCUGAUGGAGUUUAUAUACUACACCCACAACAUAGAACUAGCCAGGUUAUAGAUGCGGAUGUCCUGUUUAUCCAUGGACUGUUGGGAGCAGCAUUCAAAACAUGGCGUCAGCAAGACCGAGACCAACCACUGGAUGACAGUGCUGCUCAAGAAGAUGACUAUACAGAAUGUUGGCCAAAGGAUUGGCUAGCAGCAGAUUGCCCUACUUUAAGAAUUAUUUCUGUUGAAUACGACACUCAUCUAAGUGACUGGAAAGCUAAAUGCCCAGCAGACAAUCACAGGAAAUCUAUGGCUUAUAGAAGCACUGAGCUUCUUAACAAGUUGAAGACCGCUGGUGUCGGUGAACGGCCCAUUAUAUGGGUUUCACAUAGCAUGGGAGGAUUGUUGGUAAAAAAGAUGUUGGUAAAUGCAUCAAGGGACCAAGACAUGCAAGAUCUUGUGAAGAACACACGAGGGAUUGCCUUCUACAGUGUGCCCCACCGAGGAUCUCGACUGGCAGAAUAUUCAGUCAAUGCUAGAUUGCUGCUGUUUCCAUCUAUAGAAGUCAAGGAGCUUAGCAAAGAUUCUCCUGCCCUGAAAGAGCUAAAUGAAGAGUUCCUAGAAUUUGCCAAAAAGAAAGACUUGAAGAUUGUCAGCUUUGCAGAAAUGUUGCCAACACGAAUAGGCAGUAUGAUGAGACUACAUGUGGUGCCAGCAGAAUCAGCAGAUUUGGGUGUUGGUGACAUUAUUCCCGUGGAAGUAAACCACCUCAAUAUUUGCAAGCCAAAGAGUAAGGACUCGUUCAUAUACCAACGCACUUUGCAGUUUAUCUUAGAUGCUCUACAUGGGGACAUUGGAAAGCAAUGAUGGAUGCCAUCAAACCCCCCUGUACUUCUGCCAUUUUUACCUCAGUCUUUCCCAUUCUGUUAGCACCUUUCUACUGAAACUUAUCUGAUUGCCAAAUAUAUAACUUAUAUCAUGUCAACAAUAAUACUUUUGAUAAAACGUAACUUUAGUGACAUAACAAAUGAAGCUGUGGGUUUGGUGCUGUGGAAGAGCUUUGUAAUUUACAGGAACUCUUGUAUAAUAUUUGAUUUUUGUUUUACAGUUCAGGUAAAUAUUUUUAUUAUUGAUUUUGAAUAACUGUAGUAAAAGACUUACAGAUGACUACGCAGUGUCAGCCCGGGGAAUGAAGAGCCCACCGGGGGAAUGCAGUGUUAUGAGCCCAUGCAUGUUUAAGGGUGUGGCCAACCUGCAGAGGGGGCGUGGCCAGCCAUCACAGAGGCUUGGCUAACCAUUAGAGAGUGUAUGGUUUGGACCCCUUAAUAAAUUGAUAUAGUAAAUACUGCUAGUGCACGCAUGAUAAUGUACCAGGUUAAUAACCGCAAUGCACUGUAGAAACAACACCAUAGUCUUUUGUAACAUAUGUAUAAUGUAUAAUUCAAAUGCAAAUUGUGGAACCUGAAUCUUAGAUGAGGGGCUGGGCCCUCAGGCAAUGGAGCCCACUGGGGGUUUUCUCUGUAGCACUGUUUGCCGGUACGACCCUGCAAGUAAGGCAGGUUGAAUUCAGGUUGAGAAAAAGCAAUUCAAAAUAAAAUAACUGAAAAGUAUAAAAGUGAUAGAAAUCUUUUACAUUACAGUAUAUGGAAAAAUGACUGUUCUUAUGUGUGUUUAAUAUCCAAAUACUGUGUUAAAGAAGUUGACUGUGAUUUAAAGAAAAAAUAGUGUGUAUCCAUAUUUUCUAAUGGAUAAUAAAAUUAUUUGCAAAACA